AUGCAACAGAAGUCGAUAAAGACUACUACUACUACUACUGCGAAGAGGAAGAAAACUAUCGGAAAACAUAAUAAGACAGGUACAAGACGGUCUCGUCGUGAUAGUCCUUGCAGUAACGGCAACGAUGCGGACGCACGUCGACCAGUCAUUGCAUCGGGUUCAAGUUCAUUGUCAUGUUCAGACAUUAUGACUUCACGUCUUUUUCACAUUCUGAAUGAGGCCAAUGCACCGGUAUUGGCAAUGGACACAUUCGGUUGCAUCAUAUUCUGGAAUCAGCAGCUUACAAAGCUCUCUGGGCUCUCACCGGCCGACGCGGUCGGACGACCAGUGAUGGAACUACUGACGACGACCUGUAAAACGACAGAAGUGACGUAUGGACUUGAACAAGCUCUUGCUGAUACGGAAGUGACGGUACAAGACGUAGUGAUGGAAUUUAACACACCAGAGCUUGGACGCAACUUGAAGCUGCUUGUGAACUUGACGGUUGACGUAGAAGAUAACAAAGUAGCGAGUAUUGUGGCCAUUGGACAAGAUAUUACAGAGUGGACAGUACGAGGAAUACCGUCUGCUCAAGCAGCUCAGCAAGCAAACGCUCCCGUUGUAGAGCUCGAUCGAGACGGACAUAUCACUUUAUGGAACGCCAAGGCCGAGGCAACAACGGGUUACGCUAAUGAACAGGUUCUAGGGACACCACUUGUUAAUCUGGUGCAAGAAGACUACCGUGAACUUGUUGGUAAACUCUUGGCGCGCGUUGCAUCGACCAAUACGUCGGUUUCCAAGUGCGAACUGCCGCUCGAGACAGCCGGUGGCGCGCGCGUGGAGUUGCUGCUGAGUCUCACACCGCAGGUCAGCAGUGAUGGCGUUGACUCAAUUGUGAGCCGUAUCGUGGCGGUUGGACAGGAUGUGACGGCACGUAAUGCAAGUGAAAUGGAGUACAGUAAGCUGGUGGAUUCCGCUAACGCACCUAUCUUUGGCGUGGACUCGGAGGGCUGUAUUGUAAUUUUCAACAAAAAAGCUGCACAGAUUAGUGAGUACUGGCCAGGCGAGGUCAUGGGUGUUAAUCUGGUGUCUUUUUUGAUCCACGAAGACUAUCGAGAGGAUGUGGCAGCAGUUUUUCAAAAGGCGUUACGCGGUGUGGAGACCGCAAACUGUGAGUUUCCUCUGAUUACUAAACACGGUCGAAAGGUGGAGAUAUUGCUGAGUGCGACACCACGCUAUAACGAUGCCGGAGCUAUUGUUGGCGUAGUCGGCAUAGGCCAAGACAUCACGGAACGAAUCGUGCAAGAGCAAGAGUAUACUCGCCUCAUUGACACAGCCAAUGCACCCAUCGUAGGUGUGGACAAGCAGCUCUGCGUGACAAUUUGGAAUAAGAAAGCGGCGACCAUCACUGACUAUUCGUAUGUGCAGGCAAUUGGCAAGAACCUACUUGAGUUUAUUGCAGAACAUGCGCGUGACACUGUAGCAGACGUACUUUCUAAGGCAAUGGAUGGCAUUGAGACUGCAAACUUUGAGUUUCCUUUGAUGACAAAAAACGGGAGACAGCUAGACAUUUUGUUGAACGCUACACCGCGCUUUGACCAUAGCGGCAAUAUCACUGGCAUGGUAGGAAUCGGACAAGACUUUACUGAUCAACGCGCACAGGAGGAAGAGUACAUCCGACUGAUUGAUACGGCCAAUGCGCCAAUAUUUGGCAUUGAAAUGGGAGGUCGCGUGGAUAUAUGGAACCGAAAGGCUGUGGCUAUCACGGAGUAUACAGUGCUGGAGGCACGAGGGACUCGGCUAGUUGAGAGCUUUAUUCCACUUGACUACCGUGCUGGAGUGGCAGAGGUGAUGUCGAAGGCCAUGGAGGGGGAAGGCACAGCAAACUUUGAGUUUCCGUUAAUUACUAAAACUGGCCGACGCGUAGAAAUUUUGCUGAACGCGACACCGCGUUACAACCAGCACGGUGACAUUGUAGGCGUUGUUGGUAUUGGCCAGGAUAUUACUGAGCGUAUUGUGCAAGAGCAGGAAUAUAGUCGUCUGAUCGACACAGCAAACGCACCCAUUUUUGGUGUCGACAUGGCAGGCCUCGUAAACAUUUGGAAUGACAAAUCUGCAGAGAUCACGCAGUUUACAGCUGACGAGGUUAUUGGAAAGGACUUGGUGCAAGAAUUUAUAUCGGAGGGCUACCGUCCUGCCGUGGGCUUGGUGCUGUCACAAGCAUUAAAUGGUGUCCAGACUGCCAAUUUUAACUUUCCGCUUAUCACUAAAUCUGGGCGUCGCGUUGAAAUAUUGUUGAAUGCCACUCCGCGGUACAACGAACUGGGUGAGAUUGUUGGUGUAGUAAGUAUAGGGCAGGACAUUACGGAGAGAAUUGCUCAAGAACACGAGUACAGUCGGUUGAUUGAUACAGCCAACGCCCCUAUUUUUGGCGUAGAUAGCGAAGGUCGUGUAAAUAUUUGGAACAAGAAAGCAGCUGAGAUUAUGCAGUAUUCUACUGACGAAGUGCUGGGGGAGAAUUUGGUGGAAAAGUUUAUUACGGAAGAUUACCGUGACGCUGUUGGUGCAGUUUUAUCGAAGGCUCUUGAUGGAUUUGAAACAGCGAACUUCGAGUUUCCACUGGUCACAAAAGCAAACCGCCGAGUUGAAAUUCUGCUCAAUGCCACACCUCGGUUCAAUGAGCAUGGAACGGUUAUUGGUAUGGUAGGUAUUGGCCAGGACAUUACGGAUCGUAUUGCUCAGGAGCAAGAAUAUGCGCGACUGAUUGAGAAGGCAAAUGCUCCAAUUUUUGGUGUCGACUCGCAGGGUCUAAUCAACAUCUGGAAUCACAAGACAGCUGAAAUGACACGGUUCUCGAAGGAGGAAGCGGUUGGUAAGGACUUGAUGAGCUGGGCUAUUCCGGAAGAGUAUCGCGAUGCUACGGAAACUAUCUUAUGGAAGGCCCUGGAAGGCGAUGAAACGUCAAAUUUCGACGUUGAACUGAAGAAAAAGAAUGGUCGAACUGUAAAUAUUCGAAUGAAUGCAACUGCAAGGUUUGACCAGCAUGGUGAAAUUGUAGGCGUGGUCGGCAUUGGUCAGGACUUGACUGAUCGUAUAGUGCAGGAGCAAGAGUAUACACGCCUGAUCGACACAGCAAAUGCACCAAUCUUUGGCGUGGAUGCAAACCUCUGCGUAAACAUUUGGAACAAGAAAGCUGCUCAGAUUACAAAAUACUCCACUGCAGAAGUAAUCGGCGAGAAUUUGGUGGAGACGUUCAUUUCGCCAGAGUAUCGACCUAUCGUGGCGGAUGUGUUCACGAAGGCUUUGAAUGGCAUUCAAACUGGGAAUUUCGAGUUUCCAUUGAUCACACGGCCUGGUACGCGAAUUGAGAUCCUUUUAAAUGCGACGCCACGAAAUGACAUGCAUGGCAAUAUCGUUGGUGUGGUAGGCAUUGGUCAGGAUAUUACUGACCGCAUUGCACAGGAACACGAGUACUUCCGACUGAUUGAUACAGCAAAUGCCCCAAUUUUUGGUGUGGACACUUUUGGGUGCAUCAACGAAUGGAACCAAAAGAUUGAGGAAAUUACGGGAUUCCACAAGUCGACGGUUCUGGGGCUGUCGUUGGUGGAUGCAUUUAUAAAUGUUGAAAACCGACCCGAAGUACGAAAACUACUGAAUCAGGCAUUAAUUGGCAUCGAUGUUGGCGAAAUGGAACUACCCAUGACGACUGUUGCUGGACGAUCGUUGCUGCUGCUCGUCAAUGCUUCCAGUAAGAAGGAUAUGCACGGUAACAUUCGUGGUGUAAUUGGAGUUGGUCAAGACUACACCGCGAAGAAGCACAUGGAAGCGGCCAAAGUGAACUUUCUUGCUUCUUUUAGUCACGAGCUAAGAACACCUCUGAACGGCGUGUUAGGUAUGUUGGAACUAUUGCGCGACCAAAAGUUGGAAAAGACCCCUGAGCGCUACGUGCAUAUUGCGUACAUUUCUGGGUCACUACUGCUGAAUUUAAUCAAUGAUAUCCUCGACUUGUCAAAGAUUGAAGCAGGACACAUGGAGAUCUCAGCAGAUCCAUUUCAAAUGCAAGAUCUGUUGGAGUACUCCGUUGAGAUUUUCAAGUUUAAGGCUCGUGAGAAGCACAUCAAGCUUACAUUAGAGUGCUCUUCGAAGGUUCCAAAGCGAGUAGUUGGUGAUGUGAGUCGGCUUCGGCAAGUCCUACUAAACUUGCUAUCGAACGCUAUUAAGUUCACAAACAAAGGGUCAAUCACAGUUCGCUGCAACGUGGUACCAUCACCAGACCUUCCAAAGCAUUGUGUAAAGUUAUUGUUCCAAGUCGUUGAUACUGGUGUCGGCAUGGACAAUGAAGAAAAGUCGCGGUUAUUCUCAUUAUUCACAAAGCUUGAGCGUACACGUAAGAACAAUCCUACGGGAUCUGGAUUAGGACUUGCAAUCUGCAAACAGCUUGUGGAGCUUAUGGACGGUGAUAUUGAUGUCGACAGUGAACUGGGAGAGGGUUCGGAGUUUUUCUUCACUGUCGUCUUAGGUCGGAUUGAUGAUGAAGAAGAAGAUCUUGUCCGAAGGUUUCCAGCUAUUCUGGCUGCUGAUCCAAGCAUUGCACCCUCCAUGACACCCAGUACGGCACGACAUAACUCGUCUAUGCCGGAGCUAGUGCCGAAGCAUGCUCGUAUUUUGGUGGUAGAAGACAAUGAGUUUAACUGGGAAGUCGUCAAGAGCUUUUUUAUGGAAGACAAUCACCUGCUGCAGUGGGAGACAAAUGGUCUAGAUGCGUACCAGAUGUAUCAGGAGCAUCACGAUUCGUAUGAUAUCGUGCUAAUGGACUGCGAGAUGCCAAUCAUGAACGGGUAUGAUUCCACUCGCAAUAUUCGCAUGUUUGAAAAACAACAUGAUAUCCCUCGUAUUCCUAUUAUUGGCGUCACAGCAUAUGCAAUGAGUGGUGAUCGAAAGAAGUGUCUUGAUGCAGGAAUGGAUGAAUUUAUUGUCAAACCUAUCUCGAAAACUGAGCUGCGCAAGGCUAUUCGUAAGUGGAUGUGUGUACGCUUUUCAAGUCAACAUUGUUCUAGACCAUCACGUGCAGAGUCUCUGGAUACUACGUGGAGUGGUGUCGAUAUUUCAUCAUCGACCCAGAACGCCGUCAACUUGGUAGCGGCGUCAAAGCACAAGGAGAAGCUUGAUUUGGACCGGGCCAUUUCGGACCUAGAACUGGAGGACCCAAUGAUGAUUGGUCAUUCUGGCGGAAUCCAAACAGCAGCAGGCUCGGAGGCAUUGCUGAUGUCGCUCACUACUAUCAGCGAGAGCAGGAGUAACCAGUCAGCAAGUUCGGAAACUCUCGGACACACAACUGGACGGGUAGAUGCUCUAUCUGCGACGGUCGUGCUGUCCGACUCGACGACACAAACGGUUGGGCCAGUUAAAAUGCAUCCCGAAACUCUUGUGAACGCCUCGAACAUUAUUGGUACGAACUUGUUUGCUGCAGCCAAGGCAGCCGGAAUCUGCUCGAUGAAUGCGCGUGAAGCUGCGCCGCAGUCAUCAUCAUCAGAUGACAGCAACCAUCAGCAAGAUGCUGAUGAAUAUUCAACAAAUUCGGCAAUAGUGACAAAUAAAGCUGCUCGGGCAUACUCUACAACAAUGGCCCCUGAAGAUGUUGUGAUACCAAGUGGCGAUCCAAUCGAUUACGCGCUUGGUGUCGAACAAUGUGGUACGAGCGAAAGCCUAUUCAUGAGUUUGCUUGAGAAGUACGCGGGGUUGAGCGAAGAAUUCAUGAAACGUAUUGAGAAUGCUUAUUCAACAAGAGACUUUGUUGUGCUUCGCCGCGAAAGUCACUCACUCAAAGGAUCUUCAGCAUAUGUCGCAGCUAUGCGUGUUUCCAAGGCAGCAUUCCGUGUACAAUUAGCUACUGAACACGUGAUGGAAAUAACUGCUACUGAGGAAAACCAUUCUUCUCUGAAAGAUGCGUUUCAGCUUCUAAAACGAGAGCAUCGCGCUUUACGCGGCUAUCUCCGACGUAACUUCUCCUUCCGCGCGAGUACUGCCGGGGGAACUCAGGACACAAAGAAGAUGAGCAGUGGAGGAGGAGAUAACGCCUGUGUUAUCAUGUAA